AUGCCGCCCUCUCUCCCUCCUACACAUCUCAUGGCCUCCCAAUCCCUCCCUCGCUCGUCUCCACCGUCCCCUGUGCUGCAGCCUCGACGCCCGAGUCUGGAUCUGCAUGACAUCCGAUCGACCCGGGGCCAACGCGUCUGGGGUUUCCUGCGAUCCUCCAGCAUCAGCUUGCAGGACCAGGCAUUUCUGCGCCGCGGAUCCCAUCUAAUUGGGCACAGCAACCCUCGUUACGAAUGGCACCGCUAUUAUCGAUCCCCCGACUCCUUGAAGGGUUUGCCCAAGGCCAUACGCCGAUACUAUGAGCGCAAUAACUCCCUCAUCUCCCAAUAUCUCUAUAUCGAUCGUCUACUAGACUCCUCUCUCCCGCAUAGCCUGAUUGAGGAAUACAAUGGCUGUCACCUACAUCCACCAGAGAGUUUACCGUCAGACAACGGUGCGGCCGAGUCGGCAAGUCGAACCAACCCCAGGAUAGCAAAGAUUAAGCGCACCCCACACAACCUCUAUCGGAUCCCCGACGAGGCAGCCCCCUUGCUCUCAUCCGCACAGGAAGAGUGCGACCUCUCACAGGCUAUGCCGAGCAUCGAAUCACACGGAAUGUCUCCCGAAGCAGAGGAGCGCCUAGUCAACCUCGCCAUUCGCAUCAAUUUCGUCGCGAAUGUCGUGCUGCUCGCUUCCAAGAUUGCAAUCAUGGUAUUGACAAGUUCUAUGUCGGUCCUGGCAGGUCUAGUGGAUGGGGUGUUGGAUUUUCUAAGUACGGUCAUCAUCUGGGUCACCACAACUUUGAUCCGCCGACAAGACCGCAACCAAUAUCCCAUCAGUCGGCGCCGGCUAGAGCCGCUCAGCGUGUUGGUCUUUUCGGUGAUCAUGGUGACUUCCUUCUUCCAGAUAGCCCUGUCAUCUCUAAACAAAUUAACGGCCGAGGACCACACGAUCGUAGAGCUUUCCAUCCCUUCCAUCGGGCUGAUGGCUGGCACAGUGCUGAUCAAACUCCUCUGUUGGGUAUGGUGUCGCUUGAUUCCCAGUCCCAGUGUUCAAGUCUUGGCCCAGGAUGCGAUGACCGACGUCGUCUUCAACACAUUUAGCAUCAUUUUCCCGCUGAUCGGUGCUUUUGCCAGACUCUGGUUUCUGGAUCCCCUCGGCGGUCUUCUCCUAUCGUUAUAUAUCAUAUGGAACUGGGACCAGACCGCAGGGGAACACAUCCGGCAGUUGACAGGCGCGGCAGCCUCGCCCACAGAUCACAAUAUCCUAUUGUACAUGACAAUGCGAUUCUCCCGGGUAAUCCUGAAGAUCCAAGACCUGAAAGCCUACUAUGCGGGCGACAAACUCAACGUCGAGGUUGACCUGGUGGUGGACGAAGGGACCAGCCUGCGGGAUAGUCAUGAUGUUGGAGAAAGCCUGCAGUACAUUCUCGAAAGCGUGCCCACGGUUGAUCGCGCCUUUGUGCAUUUGGACUAUGACCCGUGGAAUUUACCGAGCCAUAUGAAUCAGCUGGACCGGUAG